AAUAUAACACUAUAUACAGUUAUAUUAACUCCUGCUAGAUGUCGCCCCGAUCACACCUGCAGCCAUCUUCGCAAAUUUGGGUCAUUGACUCAGUGCACCUCGGUGAUCCGCAAGCUGCAAGAACCCGAACGAUAAAAAACAACGCAAAACAAUACCGGUCAAAUAAACAAAUAUGUGUACAGCAAACACCAUCACCCAGUGCAGCAAUCAAGCCACUUGAAAUGCAUCGCCGGCGGCGCAAAACGCGACGAUGAGUCUACUCUCCUCCGUAUUCACGCAGCCCAAACGGAAAAAUGAACACAUUUCAACGAAACAAACAUAUUCUAUUAGUCGUAACCCUGCUAGUGGCAGUAGCUAGUAAGUUGAGCGUCUGUGAUAUCGCGGAAACUGCCAGGCAUGACGACGAGGACAUCCUCGAGUCGCCGCUGUGUUGUAACCUCACCACCACUGAGAAGGUUGAGGUGGAGUACUCAUCAAAGGUGGUUGAAAAUGAGUACAUUGUUACCUUCAAUGGGUAUUACAAGAGUCAAGCGCGCGCGUCGUAUAUCACUGCAGCUUUAAAUAACUCGGGAGUGCAUCAUUGGCGCAUUCUGGCCAGAGAGAAUCCUGCUAGUGAUUAUCCAAGUGAUUUUGAUGUUGUAAUCAUAGAGGAUACACAAAAACUUGAAGGUUUGGGUGCAUUGCGCGAUCACCCAUCGGUAAAAGGAGUAACAUCACAACGUAUGGUAUUACGUACACUUAAAUUUGUAAGUAAUGAGUACGUCCGCCGCGGACGUAUUAGUCUCUCUCAGAACAACCAGUUCUGGCAAGCGACCGGCCGCCACACGAGUCGCCGCCUCCUCCGCGCCGUCCCUCGACAAAUCACGUCGGUCCUACAAGCGGACGCUCUGUGGAACAUGGGCAUCACCGGCAAAGGCGUGAAGGUCGCCGUGUUUGACACGGGCUUAUCCAAGACACAUCCACAUUUUCGCAAAAUCAAGGAACGCACCAAUUGGACGAACGAAAAGACUUUAGAUGACGGAUUAGGACAUGGUACUUUUGUUGCGGGAGUAAUCGCAUCCAGUAAGGAAUGUCUUGGUUUUGCACCUGACUCUGAAUUGCAUAUCUUUAGAGUAUUCACGAACAACCAAGUCUCGUAUACAUCAUGGUUUCUAGAUGCAUUUAACUACGCCAUCUUGAAAAAGAUUAACGUUUUAAAUUUGAGCAUAGGCGGGCCUGACUUUAAGGAUUUUCCAUUUGUUGACAAAGUGUGGGAGUUGACGGCGAAUAAAGUCAUCAUGGUAUCAGCGAUUGGGAAUGACGGUCCUUUAUAUGGGACAUUAAACAAUCCAGCUGAUCAAAUGGAUGUUAUUGGUGUGGGGAUUAACUUCGAGGAUCAAAUCGCGAAGUUUUCCUCUCGUGGAAUGACCACCUGGGAAUUACCGCAGGGUUACGGAAGGGUUAAACCUGAUAUUGUUACCUACGGUGCAAAUGUCAGAGGUUCCAACAUUAAAGGUGGAUGCCGUUCGUUAUCAGGAACAAGCGUAGCUUCUCCUGUAGUAGCCGGAGCUGUUACUCUUCUUGCCAGCGGAGUUUUACAUCGACAGGAUGUCAUCAAUCCAGCCAGCAUCAAACAAGCACUUAUGGCAUCUUCAAGACGACUACCAGGUAUUAACAUGUUUGAGCAGGGACACGGCAAGUUAAAUCUCGUCAAGGCCUAUCAAAUUCUAAGUAGUUACAAACCUCAGGCUAGCUUAAGUCCUAGUUAUAUAGACUUAAGUGAAUGUCCUUACAUGUGGCCGUAUUGCACUCAACCGCUGUAUGUAGGCGCAAUGCCUGUGAUUGUCAACGUCACUAUCUUGAAUGGAUUAGGGGUGUCUGGUAAAAUAGCCUCUAAACCUCAGUGGUAUCCAUAUACACCACAACAAGGUCAAUUGUUGGACAUAGCAAUAUCUCAUUCGGAGUUAUUGUGGCCAUGGUCCGGAUGGCUCGCGGUGAGUUUUUCUGUCAAUCCGGAAGCCGCAGCUUUUGAUGGUUUAGCUCAGGGUCAUAUCAGCGUUACAAUUGAAUCCCCGCCUGCACACGGUGAGUUAGAACCACGCCAAAGCACUGUUAUUCUGCCUAUCAGAGUGAAAAUUAUCUCAACACCUCCGAGAAACAAACGAAUUUUAUGGGAUCAGUAUCAUAACUUGCGAUAUCCACCCGGGUACUUCCCCAGGGAUAAUUUAAAAGUGAAGAAUGAUCCUCUGGAUUGGAAUGGUGAUCAUAUUCACACAAAUUUUAAAGAAAUGUAUCAAAAUUUGCGGAAUGCUGGUUUUUACGUUGAGGUCUUGGGUUCACCUUUUACUUGUUUUGAUGCGUCACAAUAUGGCACCCUGUUGAUUGUGGACCCUGAAGAAGAAUAUUUCCCAGAGGAAAUUGCUAAAUUAAAGAGGGAUGUAGAUGCAGGGUUGUCGUUGGUAGUAUUUGCUGAUUGGUACAAUGUGACAGUAAUGAAAAAAGUUAAGUUUUAUGAUGAAAAUACGCGACAAUGGUGGAUGCCAGACACUGGUGGGGCUAACGUACCUGCUCUGAACGAUCUUCUGGCUUCCUGGGGGAUUGAAUUUGGCGAUCGAGUGUUUGAAGGCGAUUAUAAACUUGGAGAUCAUGACAUGAUGUACUCUUCGGGGACAUCUAUAGCUAAAUUUCCGCAGGCCGGGGUUUUAGUUGCGAGGAAAUUACGAGAUCAAGGCAUUCAGGUGUUGACUGAUGUGGAGAACAAAGAAAAGUAUAAAAUACCAAUCUUGGGUUUGUUGCAAUCUACAGCUACGGAUAAAAGCGGUCGAAUUGUUGUCUAUGGUGAUUCAAAUUGCAUCGAUGGUAGUCAUAAUGAGCAGCCAUGCUAUUGGAUGUUGAACGCCAUCUUGGAAUAUACGUCAACUUCACAUCUACCGACUGUGUUUAAAGAGGAGACUGAAUCACCGCCGGUUUAUGAAUUUGUCGAUGUUCCUGCACGAAUGGAAGGCAACCGACUUUAUCGAUAUUCAAAGGUAUUAGAAGGUCAUCUUGGCGAAUCGCAGGCGAGAGCUUUGCCACAAUGUCCGCAUCUAGUCUAUGCUCAUCCUAUUCCUCUAAACAUAUCAGCACCGACGGAUUUCUAUCAAUCUCAGAAGUUGUUGUCUAUUACUGAAGACACGCCGGUUGAUGCGAUGAAUCAUGUCAAUCAGGUCAACAACGCGGCUAAUUCACAUAAUAAUAUCAAAGACGCUUCCGGUAUGGAUACGGAUGAGGAGGUGUGGAGUUGGCGGAAGAAGCAGCUGGAGCCGGCAGGCGGAAAUGGACCGGGCGAGAACUUCAAUGUCACUUCCGGCGUGUUGCUCUGUGUGACACUGGUUUUGAUCUAUCUAUCGGUUCGAUGGUGUCGACAGAAAUCUAAGCCAAAGCGGCGGAAACCUGCACGGAUGAAGAGACUUCUGAGUAUGAUUCCAUGCGGGCGGAUGCCUGCCGUUUGAGGAUUGUUUGUAAAACAAUUGGGUUUUAAGUAUGUGAUACGUUUCGUUUCGACUUCUCUUAAAUGUGAUUAAUUUAUUUUCGUACACCUGCAAUAAGUCAUAAGUUCAAAGAUUAAUAACAUUUAAUAUAUAAUUGUAAUUAAA